CCACAUGUGAAUGAUAUUAUUGACAACUUUUUGGGAGUGUGUUUCAAAGUGUGUAACGGUUGGCUGAAAAUAUGUGUAACCCAUUGAUGUAUUGUGUACUAUCUACGAGACUUUGCUUUUCCCCCUUAAACUGCAACACUCAGCUCUUCCCUAAGUUUAUUCAAAAAGCCACUGAUGGUCUCUGAGUUUUUUCAACUUUGUUGUGCUGCACAGCAAGUGCCAUCAGACAACUCUCAACUUUAAACUGCGGCCACCGCUCAUCAAAGACAGAAGAAUCAAUGUGUCUGAUACGAGUCCUAUUGUGUUCUGAAAAGAAGAAGGCUCUGUAAAAGACAACUUUGAAUUUUGAAAUGGUUGGUUCCAAGAGCUUUAAUGUAAGGCUAGUUCAAAUAAUGGUGGAAAGAAUUUGAUUAUCUUUAUUGUCGUCUAAAUUAGUAGAGCAAGUAGUAUGAGAAGUGAAGCCAAACAAUUGAGUCUUUUGAGGUGAGGUGUAAGGCCCACUAGUAAAGCAAAGAGAAGCACUUGGAAUAGGAAUAAGAAUAGGGCUACCAGAGUGGUUUGCCAAUCCCCAAAAGCUUCAGCACUCUGUGACCACCAGUCUUCUCAAGUCUUGAGUGCAAGUAUGAAUCCUUUUUUCAUCCCCAGGAAGGGCCAUGACACCUGCUGUCAUUUUAGUCUUAUUCCAUUAGAGCUGGAUGAGCACACUUGCUUGGUGUUUAACAGCCACCAUUUUGAACGUUCUGCUUGCUGAAUCUGCAUGUGAAUUGAAUGUAUAUUGAUGUCACCAAUCGAUUGAAGCAUGCUUAUUGCCAUAACCGACUCCAAAAUGUUGGGUCCCGAUCUCAUUGCAUGCCACAAAAGAAAAUAGGAAAAGUUGUUGCUAAACUUAUUGAUUAGGAGUAAUCAAAGCUUGAAAUUAGAGUAUAGAAAUAGAAGAAAAGAAAGCUGCAUUGUUCUGUCCGCCAUUGAAAGUUAGCUGAGUUUAUUGCACUAAUUUUGUCUCAUUUGUGUCGGAAUUAUGCAGCAGCAAGGACCCAGUAGGCCAUACACAACCCUCUUGAUGAAGACUCCUCAAUACCCCUCCUCCGCUCCAGAAUCUUUUUACAUAACCAAAAUUCCUCCCCCAAACAGUCAUGGUUGUUAUUAUUCCAGAGAAGACGAGAUAAAACGAACAUUCUAUUAGCUAUUUGAUCGUUCUUUAGACAAAUUUAGGAAACAAAGACGUUGCAAAGGGAACCAAAAGAAGAUGGUGACAAGAAUAGUGCUUUUGUUCAUUCCCUUCUUUUCCCAAAUCUUUUCCUUUUGCACCAGUGGUUUCACAAAGCAAAAAUAAACUAUCUUCAGAGUAUGGGCCUAUCCCUUGUGUCUUUCUUUUUUGGCUCAACAUAUUCCCAACCCCAAGUCAAGUGUAUGACAGAGUGAGUAAUAAUUACUGAGAUAGACACACCUGCAAGAAAAGCUAAAAGAAAAUUCAAAGUUUUCCACUUGGUUUAGGCUUGGAAGAUUUGUGCAUGAAGAUUAGUAAAAGAAGAAGAAGAAGAAGAAAACUCCGCAAUCCCAAUGAUUAAAAUUUGGUUUAGUGUAGGGUCCAUGGUUUGAUCUACACACCCAAAGCUCAUCCAUCACUUUACAAGCGUAGACUUCACAAAUAUUUUUGUAAUAAUAUCACCUCCAGGCUGAGGCUGCUGAUGGCGCCACCUAAAUAUUCUUAAAACCCUAUUAUUAAGUUCAGCUUCAGGAGCACCCUUUCUUCAUAUUAAAGCAGAAUCAUUUCAUUUCCAUGGAAAAUCGCAGAGUAUUAUUAAGAGCUGCGAGCGAUGUAAUGUAAAAAAAAAAAAAAAAAAAAACUUACAUUCUUGACACUGCGCUCUGUGCUGCUAUAUAAUGGCAAUGGGCAUUGCUUUGGCUUCCUUUUCUUUUUCUUUGAUUCCCACCUGCGCUUUGAAUCUCGGCUUUUUUCGACCCAGACCUCCAUUUCCGGCCUUAAUCUAAGAUAUAGUCAAAGUUUCCUCCGCUUUGCUUUUUGCUGAGAAAACUCUGCUCUUUUAAUCACUUUUCCCCGUUUAACCCUCUUUCUAGUUCCCCUGUUUUCGUUCGCCAAUUACCAAAUCUUCCGUUUCUGUUCUCCAUUGGAGCCUCCCUCUUUUGAGCUCAAUAUAACUCUGUUUUCUGAGUGUUCGCGCGUGCGUGUGUUUUUCUCCUUUCUUUCUUAUGGCAACGAUCAAACCCAAUUCAUCCGGGAAGAGCAAAACGAGAUUCGCCAGGACUUUUCAGAAGGUAAUCAAUCUCAGGAACGCAACUCGGAUCGCGUCAAGUAAUGGAAUCUGUGUUCUGGUUUCACAUAACAAGUUUAAAGAUGAUGCGAGUAUCCAUGGAGGAAAAUCCCAAAUCUUUGACAGAGGUGAAGAAGACGUCAAAGCUCGGAACAAGGCAGUCAUGGAAGCUCUGGCUGCAAAGCUUUUUGCUAGCGUUACUUCAAUCAAAGCUGCUUACGCCGAGCUUCAAAUGGCACAGAGUCCUUACAACAGCGACGCAAUUCAAGCUGCAGACCAGGCGGUGGUAGACGAAUUGAAGGUCAUUUCAGAGUUGAAACGGAGCUUCUUAAAGAAAGAAUUAGAUCUCUCACCGCAAGUGACAUUAAUGCUCUCAGAGAUUCAGGAACAGCAAAGUUUGAUGAAAACCUACGAGAUUACCAUUAAGAAACUGCAAGCUGAGUCGGAGCAGAAGGAUAUCGGUAUUGUCGCGUUAAAGAAAAAGCUCGACGAAUCAAUUUCGUUCAACAAGUCGUUGGAAAAGAAGCUAAAUGCUAGUGGUUCUUUAUCCAUGUUCGAUAAUCUUCAGUUUUCUCUACUCAAUCCAACCCACUUUGCUCAAUUCCUCCAUUACACCCUAAGAUCCAUCAGAAAUUUCGUGAAAUUGAUGAUCCGCGAAAUGGAAUCAGCAAGCUGGGACCUCAACGCGGCUGUUCAAUGCAUCGUCGACCCUGACACCAAAUUCCCGGAGCCAACUCAUCGGAGCUUCGCUUUUGAAUCGUUCGUCUGUAAAACAAUGUUCGAGGGUUUUACAACUGACCCAAAUUUCAUAUUCCAAAACGAUUCGUUUCCCCUCGACAAGCAGCAAAACCGCCAAAUGUUUGAUAAAUUCAAGAAGCUCAAACCAGUAAACCCUAAAAUCUUCAUUUCUCAAAGCCUUAACUCCUCAUUCGCUAAAUUCACCCGCUCCAAGUACCUCCAACUCGUCCACGCGAAAAUGGAGUGCUCUCUGUUUGGAAAUCUGAACCAGAGGAAAAUCAUGAACUCCGGCGGCGUCCCCGACACGACGUUCUUCGCCGCCUUCGCCGAGAUGUCGAAGCGCGUUUGGCUUCUACGUUGUUUAGCAUUUUCACUGCACAACGACGUUACGAUCUUCCAAGUGAGGAAGAACAGCAGAUUCUCAGAAGUUUACAUGCAAUGCGUUACCGAAGAGACAUUGUUUUCUCCAGCGGAUAUGAACGAUUCAGCCGUAGGAACCGGGUCGGAGCCUCGAGUUCGGUUCACCGUUGUUCCGGGUUUCAAAAUUGGAGAGACGGUGGUACAGAGUCGAGUUUAUUUAUCGCCGCCGAGUCGCUAAAUUCCUGGCACGUCGGAACUCCGAAAUGAAGGAAUUCCGUGUUCGGAAAAAUCUCCGGCGUUAGAUGCCAAGCUUCUAUGACCGUUAGAUCAGAAUUGACGGAAGAGAUUAAUCGGCGUACUGUAAAAACUAUUUUCAAUUUUCCCAAUUAAUUGUAUAAAUAUCUGUAUUAUAGUCACA